UCUCUCUCUCUCUCUACCAUGUUAACCAAACAUCUUGCACAAGUUUUGGACACAUUAAACAUGAAGGCUCUUCUAAUAUGGGCUGUUUUGCUGAACUUUUACAAACUCCUUCAGACAAGUGACUGCACUUCAACACAUGACCAAGUACUCUCAAUCCAAGUCACAACACACCAACAAGCAGAUAUUGUGAGGAACAUAUCCAGCCAAUAUGAGACAGUUUUGUGGUCACCUGCUUCACCUGAGUACAUCGGAGCACACACUGAGGUGCACCUGUUUGUUCCUGCCAACAACUUGGGGACUGUCACAGACCUGCUGCGGACACACCACCUAACACACCAAGUGCUACUGGACAACACAGAGGAACUGAUCGAGAUGCAGACCAGGAAUGAAUCGUCGGACCCUAGAAGCAGCGCAUCUUAUUAUGAGAGAUACCAUUCUCUGGAGGACAUAUACUAUUGGAUCAAUAAGACUGCCCAGGAACACCCAGACAUGGUCAAAGUCAUCCUGAUUGGCUCAUCAUAUGAAAAACGCCCACUUUACGUUCUCAAGUUGUCUGGACGACAAGAGAGAGCUGAAAAGAGAGCAAUAUGGAUUGACUGUGGCAUUCAUGCUAGAGAGUGGAUCUCCCCAGCUUUCUGCCUGUGGUUUGUGCAAUAUUCCUUGAAUUUCUAUAAUCUAAACAAUGACAUCACUGAGAUGCUGAACAGUAUGGACAUCUAUGUGCUGCCUGUCAUGAACCCGGAUGGAUACAAGUACACAUGGACAACGAACCGAAUGUGGAGAAAGAACCGUUCCUUGAGCAAGGAAAGCAACUGUGUUGGAACCGACCUCAAUAGAAACUUUGACGCAAACUGGGGCACAAAGGGAGCCUCCAACAGGCCCUGUGAUGAGAUAUACUGCGGCCAGUUCCCAGAGUCGGAGCCUGAGGCGGAAGCCGUGGCUAACUUCUUGCGCAGCCACAAAGACUCGGUAAAGCUUUAUCUCUCCAUCCAUUCCUAUGGUCAGAUGCUGCUCUUCCCAUACUCCUGCUCCAAUGAGGAGGUGCCUAACCACGCCGAGUUGUUUGAGCUUGUACAGGAUGCAGCCAUGAAAAUCAGAAGAUACUACAGGAACAACUACAAAUAUGGCGCAUCAGCAAAAACAAUAUACUUAGCCCCUGGAGGUUCUGACGACUGGGCCUACAACCUGGGCAUCCACUACUCCUUCACCUUUGAGCUGGAGGACCGUGGUCGAUAUGGUUUCCUCCUACCGCCAUCAUUAAUCUCCAAGGCCUGCAAUGAAGCCCUUCUCGCUCUUAAGAGUAUCGCUCUCAGAGUCAUUCAGAAAACACAACCCCAACCCUAACACGGAACCCAAACCGGCUGCACGUGUGCGCCAUCGUGCGCCAUCGUGCAUAAAUAUAUUU